GUGGGCCUGCUUAGAGCUAGGGGGUGUUUGCUGUCUGUCCCAGAGCCACAGAAGAGGGAGGCAGGGACAAAGGUGCUCUUGGGCCCCACACCAGGAGGCUCAUGGGAUCCCCCCACCCCAAGGCUGGGAUUCUAACUAUUCCACGCUGAGGUUCCCUCUGUGGCUGGUCUCCCAAGCUCCAGUGCGCCAGGGCCAGAGGGCAACGCAGCCAGACAGGCAGGGAGGAGAAUGGGCAUUUGCUCUGUCCUUGCAGGGAUGCGGAUCCUGAGCAGCCAGAACUUCCAGGUUGUUCCAUGAGAAACAGGGAUUUUUGAAAUGAAAUCACGGAAGUUUUCAAUAUUGGCAACUCAAUACAAAAAAAAAAAAAAGUUUUUAAAGCAUUAUCCAGAUGAAACAGGAUCCUACAGCAUCCCUUGACCCAGAGCCUGGUGCCAUGGAGGGUCAAAGCCCCUGUGUAGGAGUCGUGAGACCUCAGUUUCCUCCUCUGUAAAGUGGGAAUGAUAACUGAGGUUGUGCAGAGGAGGGCAAAUGAGCUAACGUGAGAGGUGCUUAGGCCCAGCCCGGGAGGGAGCCAGGACUCUGUUUCCCCCUUGCCCCAGGCUGCCCAUCCCUCCCCCGCCAGGCUGCCUCCCAGUGGGCCGCUCCUGGUGCCCCCGGAGCCUCCCCUUCUCCCGGUGGGCUCCUCGUGGGCCACCCCACCUUGGGACUGCCCUGAGGGUGUUGGAAGGCAGGGACUGGUCACUCCUUGGGGCCCUGGAGGAGAAGCAGGCGGAGGAGGCAGAGCUGGGAGGGCAGGCCUAGCCGGUGCCUGGUACAUAGUAGGUGCUCCAUAAAUGUUUAUUGAAUGAAUGAAUGGAGGCCAUGCAGGCAGAGGCAGCCGCGCGUGUGCAGGCACUGGUGAAAGAGCGGGUCCAGUGGAGACUGGAGCCAGGUGACAGAUGGGUCUCGUCCUUCCUGCCCCGUCUCUCGUGCUCCCUCCUCUGAGCUUCCCUCUCCAGCUGCCCGUGGGAAUCGUGGAAAUCGUCUGAAGUUCUGAGCCCAGAACCAGAGGAGGAGGAAGAGGAGGAGGAGGAGGAGGAGGAGGGAGAGGAAGUCAAGUCUUGAGAGCCUGUGCACCUUCCCAGAGACAAGCGGUGGGGGUGUGUCCCGCUGUGUGUCCCUGUCCCAGUGGCCCGCACCUGCUGCUAGCACCCACCAAGGACUCCCCCAUCCCACCCCCCACCACACGGUUGGCGCCGGCCGUGUCUUCCUCACCAGGGGCCCCUGUGCCAGGGGUCGCCCCCAAGAUGGUGGCGGCCCCAGGGAGGACUGUGCUGCCAGCCCCAGCCUCCCGCUGCUAGGUCCUCCCCCCCCACGCCCCGGCCCCCCUCUCUACGCCCCUCCAGCCCGGCCUUCCCCGGAGGGUGGGGUGGGGGGCUGUGGCCAGCGCCAUGCUACGCCUGGGGCUGUGCGCCGCCGCGCUGCUGUGCGUGUGCCGGCCAGGCUCCGUGCGCGCUGACUGCUGGCUCAUCGAGGGUGACAAGGGGUACGUGUGGCUGGCCAUCUGCAGCCAGAACCAGCCGCCCUACGAGACCAUCCCGCAGCACAUCAACAGCACCGUGCACGACCUGCGCCUCAAUGAGAACAAGCUCAAGGCCGUGCUCUACUCCUCGCUCAACCGCUUCGGGAACCUCACGGACCUCAACCUCACCAAGAACGAGAUCUCGUACAUCGAGGACGGCGCUUUCCUGGGCCAGUCGAGUCUGCAGGUGCUGCAGCUGGGCUACAACAAGCUCAGCAACCUGACGGAGGGCAUGCUGCGCGGCAUGGGCCGCCUGCAGUUCCUCUUCGUGCAGCACAACCUCAUCGAGGUGGUGACGCCCGCCGCCUUCUCCGAGUGCCCAAGCCUCAUCAGCAUCGACCUGUCCUCCAACCGCCUCAGCCGCCUGGACGGCGCCACCUUCGCCAGCCUGGCCAGCCUCAUGGUGUGCGAGCUGGCCGGCAACCCCUUCAACUGUGAGUGCGACCUCUUCGGCUUCCUGGCCUGGCUGGUGGUCUUCAACAACGUCACCAAGAACUACGACCGCCUACAGUGCGAAUCCCCGCGCGAGUUCGCCGGCUACCCGCUGCUGGUGCCUCGGCCCUACCACAGCCUCAACGCCAUCACCGUGCUCCAGGCCAAGUGCCGCAACGGCUCGCUGCCCGCCCGGCCCGCCAGCCACCCCACGCCCUACUCCACCGACGCCCAGAGGGAGCCCGAUGAGAACUCGGGCUUCAAUCCUGACGAGAUCCUCUCGGUGGAGCCCCCGGCCUCGUCCACCACGGACGCGUCGGCGGGGCCCGCCAUCAAGCUGCACCACGUGACCUUCACCUCGGCCACCCUGGUGGUUAUCAUCCCGCACCCCUACAGCAAGAUGUACGUCCUGGUCCAGUACAACAACAGCUACUUCUCCGACGUUAUGACGCUCAAGAACAAGAAGGAGAUUGUCACGCUUGACAAGCUGCGGGCGCACACCGAGUACACGUUCUGUGUGACCUCACUGCGCAACAGCCGCCGCUUCAACCACACCUGCCUGACCUUCACCACGCGGGACCCCGUCCCGGGCGACCUGGCGCCCAGCACCUCCACCACCACCCACUACAUCAUGACCAUCCUGGGCUGCCUCUUCGGCAUGGUCAUUGUGCUGGGCGCCGUCUACUACUGUCUGCGCAAGCGGCGGAUGCAGGAGGAGAAGCAGAAGUCGGUCAAGGUCAAGAAAACCAUCCUGGAGAUGCGCUACGGGGCGGACGUGGACGCCGGCUCUGUCGUCCACGCCGCCCAGAAGCUGGGCGAACCCCCUGUGCUGCCCGUGUCCUGCAUGUCGUCCAUCCCUUCCAUGAUCGGGGAGAAGCUGCCCACCUCCAAGGCGCUGGAGGCCGGGCUGGACACCCCCAAGGUGGCCACCAAGGGCAACUAUAUCGAGGUGCGCACGGGUGCGGGCGGGGAUGGCCUGGCCCGGCCCGAGGACGACCUCCCGGACCUGGAGAACGGCCAGGGCUCGGCCGCCGAGAUCUCCACCAUCGCCAAGGAGGUGGACAAGGUCAACCAGAUCAUUAACAAUUGCAUCGAUGCCCUCAAGCUGGACUCGGCCUCGUUCCUGGGGGGGGGAGGCGGCGGCGGGGACCCCGAGCUGGCCUUCGAGUGCCAGUCCCUCCCCGCAGCCGCGGCUGCUGUGUCCUCGGCCGCCGCCCCCGGGGCGCUAGAGCGGCCCAGCUUCCUCUCGCCCCCCUACAAGGAGAGCUCCCACCACCCGCUGCAGCGCCAGCUGAGCGCGGACGCAGCCGUGGCCCGCAAGACCUGCAGCGUGUCCUCCAGCGGCUCCAUCAAGAGCGCCAAGGUCUUCAGCCUGGACGUGCCCGACCACCCGGCUGCCGCGGGGUUGGCCAAGGGCGACUCCAAGUACAUCGAGAAGGGCAGCCCCCUCAACAGCCCGCUGGACCGGCUCCCGCUGGUGCCCGCGGGCGGCGGCGGGGGCGGCGGGGGCGGCGGUGUCCACCACCUGGAGGUGAAGCCCGCCUACCACUGCAGCGAGCACCGGCACAGCUUCCCAGCCCUGUACUACGAGGAGGGCGCCGACAGCCUCAGCCAGCGCGUGUCCUUCCUCAAGCCGCUGACCCGCUCCAAGCGGGACUCCGCCUACUCGCAGCUCUCCCCCAGACACUACUACUCAGGGUACUCCUCCAGCCCCGAGUACUCCUCCGAGAGCACGCACAAGAUCUGGGAACGCUUCCGGCCCUACAAGAAGCACCCCCGGGAGGAGGUGUACGUGGCUGCCGGCCACGCCCUGCGCAAGAAGGUCCAGUUCGCCAAGGACGAGGACCUGCACGACAUCCUCGAUUACUGGAAGGGGGUCUCGGCCCAGCAGAAGCUGUGACCCUCUCCUUCCCGGUGAGGCCGGACGGGGGAGGGUUUGGGGGGGGGCCCCCACGGGGAAGGGCCCGGCAGCCGGGCAGGGGGGAGGGGGUGGCGCUGGGGGCCGGGCCGAGGAGCGGACGCACACGCAUACCCGCACACACGCACCCAUGCACACACCUGACCACCACCUGACUGUGAACAGCCACCACCCGACAACAACGGACAGGAAAACAGAGACACGUUCUCCUUCAAGUUUACACACUGAUACCGAAACCAGUCGUCUUUACUGUGCUGCCCAGGGACUCUGCGGGGGUGUGCCGGGCUGGGGAGGGCGGGGCGCAGGCCAGGAAGCCCCAAGGGGGUGUGGGGUCUGGGGCUCUGGGACUAGGGACAGGUGUGGGGCAGAAGAGUCUGGGGCGGAGAGAGGGUCCCCCCCGGACUCUGGGGACAGGUCACUUGGGGAUUGAGCACCAGACAGACAUUAGGCCUUGUUUCCUUUCUUUUAUGGCUGGGGAAUCUGAGAGCCGGAGAAAGAAAGUGAUAGCUCCAGGGCCACAUGGCAGUUUAGGCAGUUUUGCUGU